AUGCUCAAGCUAGUAGCCAUUGUGGCAGUGGGUGUGCUUCUGGCAGUGCUCGCAUACUCAAAGUACUUGGACUCGCAAAAGGACAUCCACGAGCUGGCCCUCAGUGAACAAUCAAACAUCUCACCCACAAGAAAGAACGAUGAAACAGCCAUCUAUAGAAAUAAUCAGACUCCUCAUGGACUUCCUUUAUUGACAGGGCUCCAGAUUAGACAUGGAUUCAAGCUAAGGAAUGGGAACUUAAGAGACAUUUGGUCAAUUGUUAUGGGUCAAAAAAAUAUCAACAGUGUUACAUUUAUUGAAAAUGGGAACGAGGUUAAAGCUGAUGCUUAUCAUUUGAAUGGUAUAUUUGAAAAAUUGAACCUUUUCUUCAAAGAUCAUGAAAUUAGCACUGUGGGUGUUGCGGUGCCCUUGUACUCUUUCCAUGGAUUUGUCUCAUCUUUCACUUGUUUUGUUAAUGGUUUAACUGCUCAUCAUUUUAAUCAUUUACCAAGAACAAAUCCAGAUGUGGAUGUGUUAAUGGUAGAUGAGAAAAACCUUCCGUUUGCCUUAAGACUUGAUAUCAAAUUGAUAAUAGUUGUUUCUCAGGACCCGCUGAAGAGUUUUAGUCAACAAAAUGUCAUCAACUGGAAUGAAUUGGGUGAUUUGACAAGUCUGAAUAGUGAUACAUAUAGCUAUAAUUAUGAUCCAGAAUAUGAUUCAGGCGUCCCAUUCAAAGACACUUUCAACUUUGCUACAACUGACUAUUCACAUCAGAAUUUUGUCAGUGCAAUUGCAUCUGUUGCUAGAUCCUUACCACUUGGUCAUGAGCUUAGUCACAAUGAUACUCUUUUGAUAGGGUAUGAUGAUUCAUCAGUAAAAUAUUGGGCCAAAAUAUUUUCAGUUUUAUUGUUUGGUGGUUCCAUUGUGGUUGGAUCUAGUUCAACUUUAAAGUUUGAUGAAACAUUGAUAGAAAAAUACAGACCCACCAUUUUAGCAAUUGAUUCCAAGACUGCCAAAAGAUUCUUUUUAAAACAUGAACCUAAAGGCAUCAUCCAUUCCCUUUUGGUGUCAAGGGUCAAUUAUUUGUUGAGCAGAGGUAUUUUCUCUACCAUGGCUGCCCUGAAUGAAUAUAAAUCUCUUAGAUUGAUUUAUAUUGAUCAAUUAAACAGUUCUAAUGAGAACAAUUCAAGUACAGAACUCAAUCAAAUAAGAUCCUUAACAGGAGCAAGAGUGAUUUCCGAAAGGCUCAUUCCUGGUGUUAUUGGUUCAAUUCUCAAUACAAACUUUUAUGAUUAUAGAGUCUUCACAAAUUCAAAAUUGAAAAAUUGUGGAACUUCCUCAUUAUCUUUGGAGAUCAAGCUCUAUAAAUACAAUGGCUUAAACAUUGAGAAAAGACAUGGAGAACUUUGCAUAAGAGGAUUCAUCAUUGGAAAGCCAAAUGAUGAGAAAAACCUCGAAGAAGCCAUUCAAAAAGGUGAAAGGGUUGGUAGUGAAGGUUGGAUGCCAACUGGUAUCAUAGGUAAGUUUGGUGUGGAUGGCUGCUUUUAUGAAGAUCAAUGAGUGUGAUAUAGAAUUGAAGAAAUACUUUCUUUUUGUGAUAAUGAAGAUGAAAAUGAAUUGAAAUAAUCUUGGUGGCUUUAAUGGUAUCUGUAGUUGAUUGAAUUUUGAAAAGAAAAAACCUUGAGGCAGUGAAAGCACUUGCACCCAAAAACCAAAUAUCUGAAAGACUGGUGAUUACACUCAGGUCCUUUUCACAUAUGCAGUGAUUUCACAUGCAUCGUUUGCAGAUUGUAGAAUAGUGAAUGUUAUUGAGUUGAGUUGGUGGUUUUAGUACAUUUCCAACUUUUCUAUUGGUGAUUGUGUCAAUGUUUUGAACGCCGCAAAAAUCACAAAAACCUAAUACAUCACUAAAGCAACGACAAAAUCGAGGCAAUUGGGAAGAAAUGAAGGCAAUUAUCACUUGGAUUAGG